GCCCGGUGCUGCACUAUUUACUGUCCGACAAGACAAGUUGACGCCAAGCUAAUACCUUAAAUUAAUUUUCCAGUGUUAUUAUUUUACAUGGAGAGCGUGGAACAUGAAGAUACCAAAGCAAAUGCUCCUUCAGUUAUCGACCGAUAUUACACACGCUGGUACAGAGCCGACAUGAAGGGAAAGCCAUGCGAGGACCAUUGCAUCUUACAGCAUUCAAACAGAAUAUGUGUCAUCACUUUAGCAGAGACUCACCCAAUUCUACAAAACGGACGCACAAUCAAAAGCAUCAAUUACCAGAUCAGUAAUGGCUGCAGUCGGCUGGAAAAUAAAGUCUCUGGGAAGUCCAAGCGGGGGGGACAGUUCCUUACUGAUUUUGCACCGUUAUGCAGGAUAACAUGCACAGAUGAAACAGAGUACACAAUCUACAGCUGCAUUCGGGGUCGUCUUCUGGAAGUCAAUGAGAACAUUUUAGAAACUCCGAAUCUCUUGCUGGAAAAGCCAUCCACCGAAGGAUACAUCGCCGUCAUCCUGCCAAAGUUUGAAGAGAGCAAGAGCAUCACAGAAAAUCUUCUAAACAGAGACGAGUUUGAGAACAUCGUCUCCAAACGCAGCUCUGCCCAGUCCCAACCAUCUUGACAGUUCCCCACAUUCCUGCCUUAUUCAAGCCCGUUCUAUUGUGGGAGAGUUUCUUUCCCUCAUGCACUUAAAAGUUAGCAGAAGACUGAAAGGCUUUUGUUUAUAAUGAAGCACUGUGUAUCUAGGUUAUUCUAUAUUUUUCCUUUUUUUUUUCUUUUUUUUUUUUAAAGUGUUUAACAUUUUAAGGAUCCAAGAAGCAGUCAGAUUUCAAGUAAUUUGUCUAUGCUUGGAUUUGCCAAUUUGAUAAAUAUAAUAAGGAACUAGUAGAACGCAUGAACAGUGGCUUUUAUUUUCUUGUUACAUACUAAUCAUGAGUUUGAAGUAUUUCUGUCGAAUAUAAAGAAAGACAAACAAUAA